UCGACUUAACUUUCUUUCGGGAAAUCAGAAAUGUUCAAAGAAAAUCUCGUGUUAUUGAUAAUAUGACUCACAUAUCAAAUUUCGCGGUAGCUAUUACAUGUAUUGGACGUGAUAACAGAACAUAAAAGUAGUAUUUUUUGCUGAUAAUACAGUAUUUAUUAUUGUCAAAGGUGUUAUGGAAAGUCUUAGUCAUGAAAUGCUUUUUUGUGAUUAUUGUUGUGUGUGUCUCUCUAAGUGAAAGUGUAUCCUUAAAUCCAGAAAGGGCAGAUUCCUCGACUGUUUCUAAGGGAAACGCGACAUCGGAGCACAAAGUAUGGAACAUAAAACUAGACAUAUUUUUUUCAAAAACACUUCCGAGCUUGAUAAGAAAGGUCCACGGGGAAGACAUGCGGCUGCGAUGCGAAGCGACUAUGAACUUUACUCGCGUGGAGAAAACCACCAAGAACAAGGAAGGCGUGGAGACGUCGCAAGCUGAAGUACCACCCGACCAUAUCCUGCAGACGCUCAUGAAAAACGUCAAAAUGUACUGGCUUAAAGACACUAAAAUCAUCACCAACACUACUAGAUUAAAAAUUCUCAAUAGAAUGGAUAAGAAAAACGGGACUUUAGGUACUCAUUUGAGGAUCAAAGACAUAGAUGACAGUGAUGAAGCCAACUACACCUGCGUCAUCAGGCAGAGUUACGAAAAGAAACAGACAACAACGCUAAAAGUACUAAAAGAUGAUGAAAAUGAUGAACUACCAAAGUACACAUCAUUUGUACCUAGUGCAGAAGUGAACAAUCAACUGGAGAUGCUUAUUAAAACAACCCCCAAUCUACUGUCUGAGGACAUCCGUUCACAGCAUGCAAGUGUCACUCUAGCCCCAAACACCACCAUCACCGUGAAACUGGAGCCAAUCUGUCAAGAGUAUGUAGGCAAUGUGUGCGCAGCACACCUCAAGGGUCAUUUUGUGUAUAUUCCUUACAACACAACUCAGCUGGCAGUAGAGGACAAGCUAUUGAAAGCCCUGCAAGUCACCAAGUACUCAAAUGACAUCAGUUCCAACUGCGAGGGAUUUGCCUUGCCUAGUUUGUGUUAUUCAACAUUCCCUAUUUGCCGCAAUCCAAUUAUUACAAAUGAAAACUUCUUUAGAGAAGCCAAAGUAGUAUUUACACAACCUAAUACGGCUGACGGAGCUCAAGAUACCCCAUGGAUGAUCUUUGAUAACUCACCUGCAGGGCUCGUACCACAGUUCAACAGAAAUCUUACGGCACAGUCAUUUGAUUAUCGUUACAAUUCCACAGUAUUAAAGCGCGUCUGCAAACAGGAUUGUGAAAUAUUAGAGAAUGAGUUGUGUCAAACUGAGUAUGCAAUAGCCAAAAGACAUCCGCACAUUGGUCAGCAACUCACCUUAGAAGAAUGUCAGAGCUUGCCAGAAAAUGACUCGGAAUGCCUCAAAAUUGGUAUUGGUGACCUUAUGGUGUCAGAUGAUGAAUGCUAUUGGGAAUAUGGCCAGGGCUAUCUAGGAAAGGUGAAUACCGCUGGUAAUGGCAUGGCAUGCAUAGAAUGGUCCAAGCAACUUAGGCUUAAGAUUUCAGAUUAUCCAGAACUGACUGGUUUGCACAGUUACUGUCGAAAUCCGGGAGGAAAGGAGCAUCAGCCCUGGUGCAUGGUGGACAACGAGGGGAGACUAGAAGUCCAGCACUGUGACAUUCCCAAAUGCGCAUUAAAAAUUUGGAUAUACAUUGUUGUAAUAUUCCUCUUGUUAACCUUAUCAAUUGUGAGCUUCAUUGUUUGCUUAUGUUACAAAAAUAAAAGCAAAAACAAUGCAGCCGCCAUAAGAGACAUCAAUUUGCCAAAUGCUGACAAGAAUAUUUAUGGUAACUCUAGAUUAAAUUCUCCAAUAGAGAUGAGUGAAUUGUUGACAAAUCAGAAUAUUGCCAAUCAACCGCACCUAACCAGGAACACGAGGGGUAAUGGUAUUCUGAGGAUACCUCAGUACUCUCUAUCACAAAUUAAAUUUUUGGAAGAAUUAGGAGAGGGGGCAUUUGGAAAAGUCUACAAAGGAGCCCUCAAGAAGAAUGGUGAAACACAUUAUGUAGCUGUUAAAGCUCUAAAGGAAAAUGCUUCUGCUAAAACUCAAGCUGAUUUCAGAAGAGAAAUAGACUUAAUUUCAGAACUCACUCAUGAGAAUAUAGUUUGCAUAGUGGGAGUAGCUCUCAGCGAGGAGCCUCUGUGCAUGCUUUUUGAGUUUAUGGCUCGAGGGGACCUGCAUGAGUUCCUCAUGGGACGAGCACCUCCUUCAGGCAAGGGCCUGCCCCCGUUGAGGCUCCUUAGUAUUGCUUACAACAUUGCUUCCGGAAUGCAGUACCUGGCGUCCCAUCAUUAUGUCCACAGAGACUUGGCAGCAAGAAACUGCUUGGUGUCAGACGAUUUUGUGGUUAAAAUAUCCGACUUUGGGUUAUCAAGAGAUAUCUAUAGUUCAGAUUAUUACAGAGUACAAUCAAAAAGUUUACUGCCAGUCAGAUGGAUGCCCCCAGAAUCCAUUCUCUAUGGGAAAUUCACUACAGAGAGUGAUAUCUGGUCCUAUGGAGUUGUACUAUGGGAAAUUUACAGUUAUGGAUUACAGCCCUACUACGGGUACAGCAACCAAGAGGUGAUAGCAAUGGUUCGGGGCGGCGAACUGCUGGCAGCCCCUGCCGCGUGCCCCGCGCCAAUGUAUGCCCUCAUGCGCGACUGCUGGAGACACAUGCCCCAGCGGAGACCCAACUUUGAGGAGAUAGUAGUCAGGAUACAAGGCUGGAUCACAACGGGCGGCUGCCCCGAAACAGCCGCAUCCGAGUCCGGCAGCAGCGAAUGCGGUCACCGCGGCUCUGUUCGCGAACUCCAAGAGCGAGUACCCCUCCUCCCACCCCACUGCUCCGCUUCUAAUGGCUCCCUCCCAACAGGGAGCCUAAAAAAGCUAAGUGUAGCUGGCUCUAGCUCUAGAGUCGACGAAACCUGUUCCACUUGCAGCGAAGGCCCCCCACUUGCCCCCAAGAAGAAGCACAGCUCCGGAUCACUCAUAGACGAUCGCGGUACGAAGGAUACGGUCGUCAGAAUACAGAAUACUCAGUUCGGUAAUGAGAUAUAGUUCUUUGUAGGGAUGAUUUGUUACGAAAGUUUGUAGGGUUUUUGCGGAUGGAUUUGUUAAACACGAAUUCUUGCAGAAUUCAACAACGAAAUUUUCCCACGAACGUAGUUUACAUGCAAUUUACCUGCCUAAAGAAUUAUCUUACAUAAUAAUGUAUCUGUCCGAAUCCGCAUCCGUGAUAUUACGAAUACGUAUACUGAAAUUAUCCAGCAUCCGCAAAUCCUAGUUUCAUAGUUAGACGAAUGAAGACUCGAAGCGGCAGUUUUUGAGCACUUUGCUUUUUAUGUCAAUUGAGGGGGAGUUUUUAUGGCGUAAUGUUGAAGUUCGGACCGCCCCGGAUACUCAAUAUAAAUAAACAAAACUCUACAAUGGGAACACUAUAUUCUUAUUUUAAUUUGCUGGAGUGAACUGACAAACCUCAUAUAAAAUUUUCAGUUACAAGUUACAACACGUAUAAAUAUACAGUACUUGACACUUGUGACAGUGAAAGUAAGCAAACUAUUAUUUAAAAGUAUAUGCUUAGGCCAUAUAUGGCAGUCACAUCACAUCGAUAGACGCACGCAAACGUUAGUUUCCUCCAACAUAUUAAAAUGACCACUUUACAAAUCGUAUGUCGUAAAAUGGUAAUAAAAAAAAACAGCUGCAUAAAUAGACGUCCGAAGUAUUUAUUAUAGUUGUAGAUUUAAAACGAAUUAGAUAUUCGUACCUAAUUUCCGUUUUUGUAACAGAGUGAUGAAAAAUAGAAAAUAAGCAGCUGUGUAAUAUAUAAAGAAAUUAGGAUAAGUAUAUGUUAGUAUUUAACGCGUCGGCAUCUAAUUUAUAACGAAUGGGGUUGGCCGGUCGAAGUAUUUAGCAGAUGGCGCCAGCAUAGCUUGUCCUGUCAUUUUUUUUUAAAUGGAAUUUUAUACCCUGGAUGCCAGCCCAUUAAGCCAAACGUCAUAGAAAAAGGGGCAAGCUAUGAUGGCGCCCUCUAUGCCAACCCCAUUGUCGUCAGUACCUUUUGUAUUGCCCUUUUAUAGAUAUUUUCUUAGUUCCUACCAUUAUGUUAUAUUUGGUAAUUUUUGUAACUCAAUGUUGACUGGUAGCUAUAAUUCCAUGUUAUUUAUUGUACUUAAUUAUAAGAACAGGCAGUGUCCGAUCAGCCAUCAUAGCUAUGUCAGUAUUAUUUACUUUUUAGAUUUAUACGAGCAAAAUUGUAUGUUUGUUUAGUUAUACUAUCAUAACCACGGCCACGGAAACCAACGCCAAGAAAAAAUUGGUGAUAGACGCAAUUUUUUGGUCUUUUUUUAGCAUUCAAGUAAAGUAGUGUACAGGUUUUUAAAGGGUCGGCAACGCGCGUGUAAUAUCUCUGGUGUUGCAGGCGUCCAUAGUCUACGGUAACCGCUUACCUUCAGGCGGGCCGUAUGCUUGAUUGCCACCGACGUGGUAUAAAAAAAGUAAUAACAUUCUCGACGUUUUUGAUAAACGUUACAUACGGUACGGGUUUACGGUAAUUUUUAUUAUUCUUUUCUUGCGUGUUUUCACUGUCGCCAACGUGUUUAUCUGUUUACUAAAGUUAUGGUGCGUGACGCGCGGCGAAAGUGGACAACUGAUAGUAUUAGCUUCGCGUGGUUGCUUACACUCGUUCCCCUGCUUAGCGAAUCUUUUUAAUUGACUUUGAUUAUUCAACGUUUUUGUGCGUGAGACAUGAUUGCAGGCGUUAUAAUCAUAGGUCGGACAAAUCAUCGCAAAACCAUCAAAAAUAAUUCAUAUCUCAAAAUAGGACAAGGUUUAUUAAACUCGUAUUAUCAGUAUUUUUCAAAAUUGCAGUUCAAAAUUUUUAUCCUGUUUCAUACCAUAUUUAUUUUUGCGAAAAUUUGUCCGAACUCUGGUUAUAAUCAAUGUUUUAAUUUACAUAGGCAAUAGAUAUAGCGCGGUUAAAAGCAAGGUACAGUGAAGUGUAAAAAUAUCCUCGUCAUUUUGUGUCAUACAUAAAGUUUUUUCAUAACUGACUGUAGAAUUGUAGAUACAGUAUGCUUAAAACUGUCUCACAUCUGCAUUAAUUUUAUUUAUUUGGGGCAUCAACAGCAAUACAAAAGGUAAUACAAAGCAUAGUGAACAGUAAACAUAGCCAAUAACAGAUGUCCAUAAAAGUACAACUAACAUGCAAUAACUAAGUGGAAACAAGAGAAUACAAAAAAGAAGGGAAAGGAAAGGAUUUCAUAUUUUUAUACUUUACUGUAUCUAUUCUCUAUUGCAGUGUUUUUCAAUCUGUAGGUCGCGGCCCCUAAGCCUCUACGGAUACCGGCCGCAAAGCAAUACAUAAGCGAAAAAAUGUUGUACGUACUAAGGGGCUCGCGUCAUCAAAAAGGUUGCAAACUGCUCAAUUGGGUCAAGUUUUACAUUAUCAAUGCAAGUAUUCAAAAAAAAGCUAAGCUAGAUUCCCAAGAAUCUUGUCAAAAUAACAAUCUUGUCAUCUUGAGACAAUCGUCAAGAUUAUAUGAUCAGAACAUUCAGAACCGAUGUGUCAAUAAUUUUUAUUGGCGAGAUUGAUAAACGCGCAAUGUACUGACAACAACGCAAGUAAUCGAAACAGUCUCACUCUUAAACAAGCAUCCAGUGUUGGCCGAAACGUUAAUGCAAUUAACCAUUAACUAGUUCACUUUUACAUGUCAAUUUUUACAAACAAUAAGAUUAAUCCAAAAUUACAAAAAACAAUUACAUAAAUAUAAAUGUUAAAUUACACAAGAAAAAGAAACUAAUAAAAACUAUACAAACAACAGAAGUAAUAAAAUUGUUUAGAGAUGUAAAAGUCUCUAGGUGUCAGAGAUAAAAUGUAUAUAAUAAUAAAAAAGAUCAUCAAAUUAUCCAGAGAUGUAAAGGGUCUCCAAGACUUGAAUUGUUUAUAAUUAAUAAAAAGACAAGAUAUUAAAUCAGACAAACAGACAAGAACCGAAUCGUUCGGCCAACACUGCAAGCAUCUACAUCAAAUACCUGCAUCGAUCAAAAUUAACUUAAAAAGUAUUUUUGUAAGUAUGUUUACAGUCUAUUGAUUAGUCUGUUUGAUGUAAAUUAUAAUAAUUAUAUUAUAUUUGUGUUUACAAUGAAACUUCCAGACAUUCCGUUGUCGGAUCUCUCCUGAAGUUGUUUUCUAAUGACUUGACGGCAGAUAAUUUUCGUGAGCUAUAAUGAACCUUAAACCAAUGAACUUAGAGUUGCAAUUUCAAAGCUGUCGUUUAAAACUGGUACUUGCUAUUAAUCUAGAAAUUUCCACCUUAUAGUAUUAAGAUUCAUUAUUAUUCAACUUCAAGAAAUCUUUUGCCGCAAGCGGACGACGGUUCGAAAUACUGCCUGUAAGUAACGCUGGUAGAUUUAAAUUAAAUAGAUUUUAAGUACUUAUUAAGUAAAUAUACCGUUUUCACAGUUGUGAUCACAUUUUGUACAUUAAGUAUUUAAUUUUUUGGGUAUUUUUUUCUGGUACUUUAGUAAAUAAUAGUACUUCCCGUACUUGCCAAAGACUUCGUUUUGUAUGUGAUACAUUUACUUUUAACUAGACAUAUUGGUAUGCUUUUGUAAAUUUUAUUUAUAAAUCAGUUUUCUAAAACAA